GGAGGGCCCGGAGGCGACUCAGACGUGUGCAGCAGCGAGGACCUUCCAGAGGUCGAGAUCAUCAGCCUCCUCCACGAGCAGAUCCCGCGGUACCGGCUCCGGGCCGACACGUUAACGCAGUUUACCGGCUACGAAAACCAAGACUGGUACAUUCCAAGCCCGGCGCUCAAACCGGCCGAGACCGCGCUCACUCCGGACCAGAUCCGAGAAACUCUCAACUACUUCCUCCUAUGCAGCAACCGCGUGAGCCAAAUGACCAAAACUUACGAUGACAUCGAAGCUGUUACGAGGCUUCUGGAAGAGAAAGAGAAAGACCUUGAGCUCACCGCGCGCAUUGGGAAAGAGCUCUUGGCGAAUAAUCAGAGGCUAGAAAAUAAUGUUGCUUCCUUGGAAGCAGAAUUACGCACCACAAAUGAGAAACUUACACAGCUCAGCCAUGAGCUGAUGAAAAAGACUGAGCUUAUUCAAAUUCUUACCAAUGAUGAAGGGGACAGUAGCUCUGAGGUGGGCACUCCAUGUGAGAAUGUCCCCAGACAAAUCAGUGCUGAGUUUAUGCAGCGGAGAAUACAAAUGCUUGAAACUGAUAAUGUUCGUUUACGGGAAGAAUUUAAUCAAAUUGCCAAAGACACUUCAGAAUGUGAGGAGGCAGAAGCUAAGCUUGUUUUUGACAUCACCCACCAGUUGUCCACAGCCAAUCGAGAGGUUGAAGCAUUGCUAGUGGAGCUGGACAGGCAGAAAGAUGAAAAUCGACAGCAAAGUGAACACAUUUUUACUCUUGAAGCUAAAUUACGAGAUAUAGAGAGUCGCCACAUUACGCUGGGUGCUGAAAAUGAAGAUUUAAAGAACCUUAUUCGUAUCUCAAGAGAAACCCAGGAUUCACUCAGUGGAGAACUGGCUGAACUAAAGACGCGAAAUGCGGAAGUGUCAACAUUACUUUUGGAUACUCAAGAACAGCUCAAGAAGAAGCGCAAAAUGAGCAUGCCAGUAGCAAGGGCUACUCAGUUGUUCCCAUCUCUCACUGGUAUGAAUCAGCACAACCCAGACUCAAUAGCUUCGGAGUUGGAGUCUUCCCUGUUUUCUGAACUCAGUUUGGAUUCGGGCAUUUCUACUGACAGAGCUCCUUCCUACAGAAAGGUGUUUGAAACUGUGCGGUGUGCCUCUCGAAGCUCAAUGGGCAGUGGCAGCAGCAUUGGCAGCAGUAUGGGAGUGUCUCCAGUCAAGCGUGUCGGUUCUUUGGGUGGUGGGCAGGCUUCAUUGACAUCCUCAUUAUCGAUGUCGUCGUCUAGUCUUGGGCCACGAAUGUCCAGUCUCCCUGGAUUGGCCCCAUCCUCAACUUCCAACACCAGCCUGCCGACACACCCUGCCCCACACAUCUAUGGAUCCACCAUGUCAUUCCCCAGCUUGGACUCUGCAGGGCAGUCUGAUUGUGAAGCAUUUUCCAAUGACAGUGAAGAUAACAUUUCAGUUGAUGCUGGUGAGCCAGUUUCCACUUUCUCUGAGCUUGAGGCAGCUGUAUCUCGUCUCACUCCUGCUGCAGUUGCACUGAGAAGAGCACAUCUGGGUUCUGGAAGCUUGCUGAGCUACGACGAUGGGUGCCGCACUCCAGACAGCAUUAUGUCUACAGGAAGCAGUGGAGCCUUCAGUGGCAACAGCAACUCCAUGAACUGGAAAUUGCCUGAUAAGCUACAGAUUGUGAAACCUAUUGAGGGAUCACUGACUCUGCAUCACUGGUCCCAACUUGCGACACCAACAUUGAGUGGAUUGCUAGAGGAGAGGCCUGGUGUCAAAAUUCGUGGUGGCAAGCCGCUGGAAGAAUUGGGUUUGGAUACUUACACUUUGUCUGACCUUGAGGAGGACGAUGAGUACAUUUGUCCUGGCAAGAGCUUCCAGUCGACCAGCUCAGUGUACACCUACACCAACAGCACGGUGAUGCACCCUGAUGACAUGACGUCUGUCACACCCAGUUUGCCUCCAAGUCAAAUGAGCACGAGGGCCACCAACAGCUGCGCCACCACAGCAAAUCCAACACCAGUAUCAGGCAUGAGUCGCCGUAACUCAACGUCAACAUUCUCAACCUGCCUUGGCCUAGCUAAGAUGCUCAAUGAACGGGGAAUCAAGGGAAUCACUCCGAGCGCUUUGAAUACUCCAGCCACAGAGAAGAGUUUCACCCCCACCGCCACCCCUUGCAACUCUCCGCUAGGUUCCCCAAGGGGAUCAGCGGAUAGCUCUCCAUCAUCCUCAAGGUCACCCUCUCCCCCACCUUACAGCACAUUCCCAAUUCCAGCACUUCUUAGCAGCGGUGCAGAGUUGCUGCGUCGCACAUUUUCCAGUGACAGAAACACAACCAUGCGCCUGCACCGUUCUCAGUCACGCAGGCACAAAAAGGGUCUUUCUAGAUCAGAUCGCAAGGCUCUGUCAAGUAUAAGGCUUGUCGAGAAACUUGAAAGAAUAGGUUUGGAAAGUUUAGUGACUCCGGGCGGAAAUACAUCAGAUGGAAGAUCGCUCUAUUUCAAUCCAGCUCAACGUAGUCCUAUGGGUCAGCUCACUGGGAUGAAGAGUCCUGUGAAUGGCCGUCAACCCAAGCCAUCAUUUGUGUUAGGAGGCGACGAUGACAGUGAUAUUCCAAUAUUAGGUAUGCCUGCCAAACCUGGAUCAGGCCAGCUGGAUUCUCGACUAAAUAGGUUACAGCAGAUGAAUAAUAGGCCAGUUCGAACAGACCUAGGGUCUGUCCCUGGAGCUUCUAGUUCUUCGACUCCAGUUUCCAGAGGUGCUCGAGGACGUCCAGACCUAGGCAGCGUUCCCUCUGACCUGGGAAUGGACUCCCACUCGUCUUCCACUCUUGGCACCCUCAGCUCAUUGUGGUUUGGUAGGAAGGGUGGCUUGCUGUGAGCAUGAGUGCAUUUUAGGCUGUGUGAUGUAUGCCUCAGUAAUGAGUUGUUGUUGACUACUAGUGUUGUAUCAGCACCCAAGUGAUAUUAUGUUAAGUAAUAAAAAAUUUAAUUUCUCUUUACAUCACCAUAGAGUGAGCUGCUCUUUGCUUGGGCUACUCCUCUUAUCCCAGUUAGCAUUAGUCUAUUUGGCAAUAUUUUAAGCUUUGACCACAAUUCAGUGUAUGAUUCCUGUAGGUGUCUGGUGAGUUCAAUGUGAUACUGAUUUAUCUUGUUUGAAGGAGCUGUACACCGCUCAUGUUUGCAAUGUUGGUAGGUUACAAAGUCAAGCUUUUGCUCGAAAAUGUUGUUGUAUUUGUAGAAUGAUUGUUGUUGGGAAAACCUUUUGUAAGAAUUGUUGAGUAUUUAUUUAAUGUAGGAAGAUAUGAAAAUGUUGGGUUGUCUACCACAGUGCCUUACAGUUCCUCAUUGUAUUGGCUCAUUGUUUAGUUAUGUGUAUCAGUAUUGAUAGUAAAUUUUUUGUUGUACAUUUUUUGUUUUUCAAUUGUCUUUUUCAAAAAAUAGAACGAUGAUUUUAAGAGUAUGAAUGUACUGUGAACUAGCUUUCAUUUUUAAUGCAAUGUUUCUUUAUGUGCCUUUUGAUUUCAAUCGUACUCUUGUAUAUUGAAUUUUAAAAUUAUGAAUGUGAUUAAUAGCAAAGCUGUGUCGUACAACAUAUUCUUAGUCAAAACUUAUUCCGCUAAGUUGAUGACGGAUGUUGAUGCCAAUCUCAAAGAUUGUGUUGGUAGAAUGAUUUCAAUAAGUGGUUUUAAAGUGUAUCUUAAUUUAUUUUUAAAUAGCAAAUUGUAGGGAAAUGUGUAAAUAAAUUGAUGUAAAAGUAUCGACUGAAAAAUCUGAAAUAAAUCCUUGAAGUACGUGAA